UAGAGAGUUAAACAAAUGGCACGUCAGCUCCGCUUGCAUUUUGCGUCAAGACGAAGCAACACGGACCCCCUCUCUGAAGGCCUCAGCUGCCAUGGUGAGGAAAGCAGAGUCAGUGUGUCAGCGCACGGCCCCGCAGAGAAUCUGGCGCACAGCUCAGUCCACUUGAAGGUGACUCCUCUGUCACCAGAGUUUGCCAGCAGUCAAAGCUCUUCAGUCUUCAUAUCCAGGGUUAAUUCCGGAGGCUGCAACAAGAAGAGCGUUCUGCAAAUCUCGCUGCAGCCGUGCGGAAAACCAAGCGGCGAGUUGGAAGGGAGCGUGGAGGAUGGAGAGGCCGGCGUUGGUGUCGGUUCUGACGGAGGAUCGUGCAACAGCAGCAUGGCCAGCGACGCCGGGUACUGCAGCAGCAACAGCAUCUUUGAGCCAGAGCUUCCAGAAAAGCACAGGAGCAGCCAGGAGAGGCCCCAGGUCUGCCGCAGGUCCAAGGUCCCAUUGCGGCGGUGCUCUUCCCUAGUCAUUAUUCCAAGGAGCCCUUGCAGCACCCCGCCUGCGUCUCCCGUAGGCUCUGCGGCUCUGUUUGCUCUGCCCCCGUUACGGGGAUCUCAUCAGCCGGUUCUCCAGGCACCUGCCAGUGAAUUCCUCCAAGCAGACGAAGAAGUGAUGAGUAAAGAGCCUAACGGCCCUUCUCUAAGUGGCCACAAUCAGCCAAAAGGAAACUACUCUUCCGAGUUUAGGGACUCAAAACACACGGUGCACUUUAACAUCCCGCUAGAGGAUGAACCAAAAUGCAAACUGGAGGACAAGACUGCAGUUAUGGAGCAGUCAUCUAAUCUUCACUCUAGCAGCGUGAUGCUACGCUUUGCCCACCAAAGACCAAUGGCAUCGGCAAAACGAGCCGCAUCUGUGGCUUCGGGCAGUUCACAACUCCCCGAUGCUCAUUACCCGGCUGGACUCUCUGAAAGACAAGGCGAAGCCCACAAAAAACUUUAUCGGAGUACCUCUGCUUGCUUGUUUUCCUCAUCUAAGCAACCUGAGAAAAACAGUAGGGUCUGUUCAUCAGGGAAGGGUCAAGGGAAACACUGUCAUCGUGCCAUUCAGAGGAGCUUUUCCCUUGAGGUGCCUUACGCCAACACCGGGAUUUCAUGUCACGUUUCAAACCCAAAGCUCAGCAGCCCUCUUUCUCCACAUGUACACAUUCAUUUGUCUCCUUGCUGCCCUGCAAAGGUCCCCGCUUACCCCGACAACUUCAAAAAGAGCCACAAAGGAAACAGGGAGACACGUGAUGACUUUCUUGGACAGGUGGACGUUCCUUUAAAUCAGAUACCGACAGAAAAUCCUAACGCACAAAGACCAUACACAUUCAAGGAUUUUCUGCUCCACCCACGAAGCCAUAAGUCCAGGGUCAAAGGUCAUCUGCGUCUCAAAAUGACCUACCUGCCGAAGAACUUGGGCUCAGAAGAGGAGACGGCAGAUCAGACAGAGGACUCAGAUCCGGGCUGGGAGCUUCUGGAUCAGGACAUGUCGGGCCCCAGGCAGAGUCAGCUGCUGCCUCCUCUUCCUCCGGGCUGGGAGGAGCGGCAGGACAACCUCGGCAGGAACUACUUCGUCAACCACGUGACCAGAACCACGCAGUGGCACCGGCCCACCAUGCAGCAGGUCAUUGAGGAGAGUCACCGGCCGCAGAACAAUAACACAGAUGUGGAACCUGCCUUCAUUACACGCAGACAGAUCUCAGAGCACGAUGAGAACGCCACGCCGCAGGAAUCUCCAGAGAGCUGGGAGAUCAUCACAGAGGACGAAUCCACUUUGCACCCCAGAAACCAUCAGCUCACAUCAACUUCAUCCAGCGAGCCGCCGGCGUUCUCCGCGUUCAGCGACGAGAACAGGAACCUUUGUGUUUCACGAUCCACAACUAGAGAGCUGCGCAGUUCACAGAAUAAUCACAUGAGUAAUUCAAACCAUUCCAGCCUCAGAGAAAGUUCUCAGACUUCUGCAAGAGAGGAACAACCUAUCAGUCCCGUGUUACUUCCCUCGUCACCUCAGUUGCCUCCAGGCUGGGAGGAGAAGCGUGACAAUAAAGGAAGACGCUACUAUGUCAACCACAACACCCGAACCACCACAUGGGUGCGUCCAGUCAUUCAGAAACCUGCAGACUCACCAGCAGCACCGGCGGCACCGGCGGCGGCACCACAGAGUGAAUCUGCGCCGCCUCAGAACUCCAGCCCGCCGCCCCAGGCGGCUGCGGUCAGCCCUGCAGACGCCGCUCAGCCCGGACCGAGCGCAGAGGCCUCCGCUGAUUUCGGCUCCUUACCGCAGGGCUGGGAGGUGCGCAGCGCUCCAAACGGAAGACCUUUUUUUAUCAAUCACAACACAAAGACGACCACCUGGGAAGAUCCCAGGCUUAGGAUUCCUGUGCAGAAGAGGAGGACCGGCUCACUCGACCCCAAAGACCUCGGCCCGCUGCCACCUGGAUGGGAGGAGCGGAUCCACGGAGAUGGCAGGAUAUUCUACAUUGAUCACAACACCAAAGUCACACAGUGGGAAGAUCCCAGAUUGCAGAACUCGGCUAUAACUGGUCCAGCCGUGCCUUACUCUCGAGAUUACAAGCAGAAGUACGAGUAUUUCAGAAAGAAGCUGAUCAAACCGGCCGACAUCCCGAACCGCUUUGAGCUGAAGCUGAAACGAAACUCGGUGCUGGAGGAUUCCUACAGACGCAUCCUGGCGGUGAAGCGGCCGGAGCUGCUGAAGGCUCGACUGUGGGUGGAGUUCGAGGGAGAAAAGGGCCUGGACUACGGCGGCUUGGCCAGAGAGUGGUUCUUCCUCAUGUCCAAGGAGAUGUUCAACCCGUACUAUGGACUGUUCGAGUAUUCUGCCACAGACAACUACACGCUGCAGAUCAACCCCAACUCCGGUUUGUGUAAUGAAGACCACCUCACCUACUUCAAGUUCAUUGGUCGUGUGGCUGGCAUGGCGGUGUUUCACGGCAAACUUCUUGAUGCAUUCUUCAUCCGGCCGUUCUACAAGAUGAUGCUGCAGAAGCCGAUCACUCUGCAGGACAUGGAGUCUGUCGACAGCGAGUACUUUAACUCCUUAAAGUGGAUUUUGGACAACGACCCGGAGGAUUUGGACCUGAGGUUCACCAUUGAUGAGGAGCUGUUUGGAGAGACUCGCCAGCAUGACCUGAAACCGGAUGGCUCUGAGAUUGUUGUCACUAAUGAAAACAAGAGGGAAUACAUUGACCUGGUGAUGCAGUGGAGAUUUGUGAACAGAAUACAGAAACAGAUGACGGCUUUCAAAGAGGGAUUCUUUGAGCUGAUACCAAAGGAUCUGAUCAGGAUUUUUGAUGGGAAUGAGCUUGAGCUGCUCAUGUGCGGCCUGGGAGACGUGGACGUGAACGACUGGAGGCAGAACACCAAGUACAAGAACGGUUACUGUGGCGACCACAUGGUCAUUCAGUGGUUCUGGAAAACGGUGCUGCUGAUGGACGCAGAAAAGAGAAUCCGGCUCCUGCAGUUUGUGACGGGGACGUCCAGAGUCCCGAUGAACGGGUUCGCAGAACUUUAUGGCUCUAACGGACCGCAGCUGUUUACCAUCGAGCAAUGGGGAACCAGUGAUAAACUUCCCAGAGCCCACACCUGCUUCAACCGUCUGGACCUCCCUCCUUACGAGUCGUUCGAGGAGCUCAGGGAGAAGCUCAACAUCGCCAUCGAGAACGCCCAGGGCUUCGACGGCGUCGACUAACGGACGCCGCGAUUGGACGAGGGGAGCGGACGCCGCUGCAGUCAAAGCGAACCCGACCAGGACCUCGACCUGCCAGCUGAGGGUCAGAUGAAGGAAAACCUCAGAGCCGUCGCUCGGUCCACUGACGGAGGAAAAAAGAGACAGAUCCUGUUUUUAUCUGCAUCUUUCAACGUUUACAAAUCAGAUUCUUUAUCGGGAGCCGCUCAGAGGUGUAUGUAUUUACUGUCACUUGUUCUGCUUAAAUGCUGUGAUGUGUUAAACACAGGUUGAUUUUUUUAAACUUUUUUUGUGAGCCGAUAUGCAUAAAUACUGUGAAUUAAUGAAUUCAUGCCUCCCUGAACAUAUCUGAGAAACUGGUGUGGAAGAGUCCAACUUCAUCCAGCUGCAAAAAGCUGCGAGGUUCUACUGACUUUCAGCAGCUUCACUCCCACCUGAGGAGAGACCAGCUCAUUCUUUUCAUUCAACAAAAGUAACAUUUAUUACCAUUCAGUUUGCUUUACGUCAAUCAGCAGGAAAAUAAUGUUUAUUUUAUUCACUUUUCACAACAGAACAGAAACAUAUCAGUCGCUACCAGCAGUAAAGACGAUCUGUUAGUCAGAGUCACCAUCUGAGCUCAAACAUCUUCAUUUUUUACUUCUUUGUGAAAUAAAAAACAAAAUUUGUCACUGUUUUAAAAUACCUAAAAUACCUAACCGUUUUGAUUUAGUUUGAAAAUAAUUUUGAACAGCUUUUCUUCUUUUUUUUCCUCAUCAGUUUAUUUCCUGUAUUUUAAAAUUUUCAUUCCAGUAUUUCAGGUGUUUAGCUGCAUGGACCUUAAAGCCAUUUACAGCGGACAGCGUUACAUACACGUUUGAGCGACUAGUUAAUCUAAAUGUGUUGGUGAAUAAAUAGAUUGUUGAGGUAGUGAUGAACCUGGACCAGUGAAAAGCUUCAGUAAUUAUUGUUUCUGUGUCAUCCAUGGAGAAGGAGAAGUGGCUACAGCAUACAGUGUUGGAUACUAUGCACUCAUGUACAUAUCGAUGUAAAAUAGCCAAGUGUCUCUUAAAUUUUUAGUUUAUUUCACGUUGCGUUAACGUACCUGCAGACACACCUGUGCCUUUUACAUACCUACUUUCAGCGUCUUUCUCCACUUUGAUUGCACCGGAAGAAUCGAUGUAAAUUCACCUUUUAUCUCUGGGUUUUAAUUUCAACCUUUGCCUAUUGUGGCCUUAACAUGUUAAAUAGUUUUACUUACGUUUUUUUUUUGUUUUUUGUCCUGUGACAUCAUCGUUUUUAUCUCAUCAGGGAGCGUCUGAUUGCAGCUCCGUUUUUGAGAGCGCAUCUUCAACGUUUUUUUGUGUACAGAUUGUUCUUCUCAAAGUGAGAACUAAUUUGUGAUACCUUUGUAUGAAAUGGCUGUACUUGAGCAGUAGUUUUGACAUUUUCGGACAGGUGAAAUGUGUUUACUCCAGCUGCCAUGUUUACAGAUCGGUGAGGGUGGGAGACGACGCGGCCCGCUUCCUGUCUGACGUUUUUCUUACUCCUGCUUUUAUAAAGUGAAGCACUUUGUUGACGAGUCUUACUUCUGAACCUUUGCCAAACUGCAGACUGUCUGAAUCACUCGUGAUCUUUUGCUUCAUGUGUUUAAAUGUUUACACGUGAACCUUGCUUAAAACAAGCACUUUCUCUUCUUUCACAUUCAUUUUAAAGAGAAAUACCAAGGCCUUCAUUUGUGACACGUUAUGUAGACUUUAGAGGUGUUACCAUAUCUCUGUGUAUGCUAGAGACGACAUUACAGCAGAAAAAGGGCAGAAUUAUCUUGUUUUUCAUUAAUUAUAACUACCUAUAGUAUAUCUAUAGACUGAAUAUAAAUGUUUGCAAAAUAAACACAUAAAACCCCGGA